CAGACCUUGAUGUAGAUUGCCAAUGGAGGCCCUCAUCAGAGCUCCCCAGAAACAUUUUAUAUGUGUUUAAUACUUGAUACAAAAGAAUGACAUGGGAAAUGGGAAUUGAAAAGACUGCCUCUGAACUUUACAAAGAUUCCACCAAGGCAGUUAAUAUUGAUUUCAAGAAAGUUAGCCAUCUUGAUGUUACAGUCCUCUGCUCUAUAUGCCAUGAAGCAGUCCAUAUUAGACAGCUUUUUCAUCAUAAACGAGCACACCAGGCACAAGCAGUACUAGAUUAUCAGCGGCCAUGGACUGAGACAGUAGAUCUAAACAAAUUAGCCCUUCGGCAAAAGGAGCUAAUUUUAAGAAUGAUAAACACGCCUAAAUUCACUGAGCAAGAAACACACAAGAUUCGCUUUUCAUUCGAGUUCCUAAAGGAAAGCCUUAAAAUUGCACCGUAUUUUUGUAUUGACAGUGUUCAGCAAAGUUCUGUACAUAUUGGAGAAGUAAGAAACCCACUUAUAAAAGCCACAGCAAUUUGUCAAGACAGAAAUACUUUUUGGCGUUCAAACUUGGAAGAUGUAUUUGUCGUGUUAGACGAUUACGGGAACAGGCCUGGAACAUGUUUUUUUGGACUCUUUGAUGGAAGCAAUGGCAUUUCUGCUGCAGAAACCACAGCAUCUGAGCUUCCACUUUUAUUUCUUGACCAGCUUUCUCGUGUAGAUUCCUCCUACCAAGUGAGUGAAGCUGAACAAAAAGUACUAGAUUCAUUUCGUACCAUUUUUAGGGUAGAUUAUAGCAUAAGAGAAAAAAUAUUCACUUCUAAGAUAAGCCAGACCAAGAAAUACCUGUCAAAUAAGUACAAAUGUAUUCAUAAAGCAUACGCCAAGUCUUUCUGGCGAAUGGACAGGCUUUUACAACUUGGAAGAAAUGAAGUUUCCAGGAUUCGCUGGAGUAGCUGCUCAGCUGCCACCUGUUUAGUGGAAAAGAUAAUGAGUGAAAAGCAAUGCCAACAAACUCAAGGGGAGAAAAUACUGCAAAGGAUAAGUAGUGAAAAUGAAAAGAUCAUCAUAAAACAAGAGGAGCUGCCUGAAAACAUAAGCAUCGCACAACUACAAGAAGCUCCACUUGUUAGUAGCAAAAAUACCUGCAGUAUUGACCAAGAGGAGAACCCACUCGAAAGAUUAAAUGAAAAAGAGGAAAAAACUAUAAGAGAGGAUAGGAAGUGUUUUAUAAGUAAUGAUAGGCUCCAGGAAGAAGAUCAGCUUACAAACAGUAACAACUUCACACAACCUAAUGAACAGAGCACUGGAAUAAUGCAUAUCGCUAACAUUGGUAACGUUCAUGCAGUUUUAUGCAAAAACGGGGAAAGCUACUGGCUUACUAAAGAACACACCACAUACUCUACAAAAGAAAGGAAGCGCAUUCUACAGAAUGGAGGAUAUAUCAGCCCUAAUGAACCCAAAGGACUGAUAGAAGGAAUUAUUAGAACUACUCGUGGACUCGGCUAUCAUGGAAACCCACAGUUAAAAAAAACAUUUAUUCCUGUACCCCAUACAAUUUCCAUUCCAGUAGAUGAUUCGUGUCAAUUUCUUAUUUUAGCUUCUAACGGACUCUGGGAAGUUCUAGAUAAAAAUGAAGUAGUAACAUUAACAUUAAUUAUGUACUCUGCUUUUUUAGAAAAAUAUCAACAUGCACAGCAACAAAAGAGCAGCAUGGCUAAAAGUGAAAAAUUGGACAGCGAGGAUUUUGAUGAAAACUUUUUUUCAUGGUAUUUGAAGCCAGAUUUUCUUUUUUCAGAGGGAGAUUCGGAAGAAGACAAUCUGGAACAGACUAAUACAGAGAUAAAGUCACCAACAAGCAGUGGCUCAGCACAGAAAGGGAGAAUUCCAUCAGACUCCUUAGUGGAAAACUCAAGAGAGGAGAAAUUAGAGAUCCCUUCAGAAGCAGCUGUUGAAGCCCACAUAUUUAAUGAGGUUUCAUCAUCUUUAGACGACACAGAAAUGACCUCAUCGAGCUCUGGCAGUCAAACUAGUUCUGAGGUAAUACAAGUGAUUGAUGAACAUGACAAUGUUGAAUCAACCAACAGUCAAGAAUCGUCUUCACAAACAGAAGAAACAGACGUUAUGACAUUUUAUGCCCAUGCUGCAAAAUAUAUUAGUAAGCAUCUUGUAAAAGCUGCACUUAGAGCAGGUUCUCGAGAUAACAUUACUAUUUGGGUAACACUCUUAGAUGGAUGUGAUAAGAUACCCACUUAUGUUUAGCAUGGUCAUGAAGGUAGUCAGUGUUAAAUAUCAUAUGCAACCAUAACUCUAGUCAUACAAUGGAAGAAAUAGCACUGAAAUAAAGAUAUAAAAUUAAGAAUGA